GCCGUUGGUGUUUCGAUUCAUCGGGGGUAAUUUGGCGACGAUUUUCGGUAAAAAAGGUAAGUGAUGUUUCCGAAUAAUUUGCCAUGAAUUUCAAAAAGUGAAUGUAGCUCACAGAUACAAUGUCCAGUUGAUUGCAACAACUGUUUUUUCCCUGAAUUCUGACACACAUCCACUUCCUGUUUCAGAUAUUUUAUAUACACCCGUCAUUUUGAAAAGGCAGCAAAUUUAAACAACUUCGUGAAAGAAUCGCAAGGCUGUAAUUCUUGUCAUGGUUCAUUCGAUGUGCUGAUUAGUUGGAUUAAGAAAUAGAAAAAUUCAUCACUAUCUCGGCUUGAAUUGCGCCUUUAUCUUCAUCACUGUAACAUGGCUGCCAGUUUUCAACCUCCAAGCCAUUUGUUUGAGCGCAACAUCUCCCUCAAUGAUUUGGAUUUAGCUUUGAACGUGCGAGAAAUCGUACGAAAAGAUGUCGUGGUACCGGCAGAGGCCACCAAGCACCGCCAUCUCGGCUCUUCGACGAGCUACUCAUUGGUUCUACCAUCGUUUCAAAACUUAGAAGAGGAGUUUCGCAAGUUCGUGUUCAGCUUUCUCGUAGAUGGCCACAUUCUAAGGGAACUGGAGACGGCGAGAAGGCUGAAUUGGUGCGGUGCAUUAUGUCGUAUGGUGACUGUUAACACCCUGGGUGAUGGGAAUUGUUUAAUGCAUGCUGCCUCCAUUGGUAUGUGGGCUGUAAAUGAUCGUUAUCAAACUCUGAGGAAAACUGUCUACGAAGCUCUUGUGGAGGACGUGGAAGGUACAAGUAAGUUUUAGUAGAGGGAGGGGUGAGAGAGUACGUAGUCAUCCACUUUUUUUAUUUUCUUUCACCCUUCCAAGAAUUCUUAAAUUAACCCUCUUCCCUUAAAAGGCUUUCGAUAUAAAACGUUUUCACCUUGUAUGAAACUUCUUGAGUGUCGAACAUAUUUCAAAUAACAGGUAUAAGCUAAAGCAGUACUUUUAAUCUGAGAACCAGUUUUGACCUACUAUAAGUCCACCUUUGGAAAUGAUCCAAGUAUUAAGUUAAACGGAAAGAUACUUAGCAAAACAGAAGUCAUGGUAAUUUAUUGUUCAUGAUCUAAAGAUAACUCAUUUGUAUUGUCAGUAAUAUUUCCUGCUGAUCAACUGGGAGUUCAUUGUUGUAGCAUGUUUUAGUAAUGACAUUAAUUGAUGAGGAAGUAGAACUGCUGUUGUUCGCUGAUGAGUAAAUUCCUUUAGGAGGCUGAAAAGGGGUCAUUAGUGAUGUCAGACUAGAGUUCUAAUAACACCUCUCCAAUUGAUAAGCUUUGGAUAGUCCAAAGUAGUAGUUGUCUAGCUCAAUGCUUUCUCUGUGGACUAGUACAGUUGUUACCAAAGAAAUCAGUUAUCCUUAUAUUUUUCAGACUUAACAGUUUUAUGGGGCAUCAGCAUGAAGUUUAUUCUAGUUCCGAACUUUGAUUCAAUGUUGUGUCCUGAAUAAGACCAUGGUGUUUUUCAAAUUUUGGAAGUUGCAGAGCUAAACUAAAGACCUUUUUAUAUUAGCAUUUCUUACCUUUAAACUCUCUGUAAUGAAAAAAACUUUGAUACUCGUAUUAAAAUAAGACUCAUAACCCCCAUCAAAUGUAGUUGCUGACCUUCAUUAAGAAAUAGCCUGGUUUAGGUUUGGCUUUCCUGUUUUAAGUAGUAAAAAUAAUAUUAUUAUUGUUGGUGUAAAUGAAAAUUGUUACCUCUUACCCAGCUGCCUUAGAUUUUCAUCGCAAGUGCUGUGGAUCUUUUACACAUACAAUUGACUCCCGAUAACUUGAACCCUUGCUAACUCGCACCUCACGCUAACUGGAACCAAAGUCAAUUUCCCAUGGAUUUCCUUCUUACAUUUACUGUAAUUUUCCCCUCGGUAACUCAAACCCUCAUUAUCUCGAACCUCCCAAUAACUCGAAGUAAAUUUUUAUUCCCUUGAGAUCAUUUCUACACAAUUCCACCCUCGAUUACUUGAACCAUGUUGUAAGCGCGUGACAAGCCAGGAAAAAAAAACGUGUACUGAAGUCCAAGACAUUCAAUUUAUUUCAAAGCAACCAUGUCAAUUCUUUGUUUUUACUUUUUUGUCACUCCAGUUCAAAUUCAGUGACCAUCCCUAUAUACAUUGUUGCUUAAUUGCAUUCCCUCCCCAUUCAUUUCCUUAUUUCCUGACUUCCGGUUAUUUGCUUCAAAUUCCAGAUAACUAGAACUUUUUUCGAUUUCCCUUGAAGGUUCAAGUUAUCGGGAGUCGACUGUAAUAUGUACCUGCAUGUUGUCACUUACCAUAAUCUAUUUGUGAUCAUAUUUUAGGGUUUUAUCAUGGCCGCUGGAAAUCUGAGGAACAACGUCAGAUUUUAUUAAAUCAUAUUGGUGGAUAUGAACGUUCAGAAGAACAGUGGAGUCAUGAAUGGGAGGAAGUUAUACGGCAUAUCUCACAGACUGAAUUUCCUUAUGGUCCAAAUGGUGCACAGUUUGGAAGCCUCGAAGAAAUUCACAUAUUUGUGUUAGCCAAUAUUCUCCGUCGCACUAUAAUAGUAGUCUCAGAUGAGACGCUUAGAGGGCACUUUGGAGAUUCAUAUGCACCAAUUAACUUUGGAGGUGUCUAUUUACCCCUGCUUUGGGACUCUGUUGACUGUGUAAAAAGUCCAUUGGUUAUUGGCUAUGCUGAUGGCCAUUUUACAGCAGUUGUGAGUAUUGAAGAUGGAAAAUUGGAUCUUGACCUUGAAAAUCAGGUGUCUCCAAGUGUGAUUAGCCCUAUACAUGCAGUACCGUUGGUGAAAUAUGAUGGAACACCCUUAAAUGUUCACUUCCUCUAUGAUGAUGAGGUACCACUUGCUAGUGAUCGUCUUCGUCAGUACUUAGAUUGUGCCAGAGUACCAUUUGCCGUCAACCCAGAGGAGCCGAGGUCUCACAUUCUUGUUGCAAAAUUACAUUUUGUGGAACAGCCUACUUGCAUAAAAGAUCUCAUUGAAGGAUACUUUGCAAAGGCAAGAGAGGAAUACAGUCGAGCUUCCAGGAACAGACCACUAAGUCCACAGUUUCAGCCAGGUACCCAACAGCCAGCCCUACAAAUUGUUCGUUGCCAAACUGAGGGUUGUGAGUUCUUUGGUUCCACUGAAACUGGCAACCGCUGCUCCAAGUGUCUUAAUGAGCAUCUGAGGUGCUUAGGAACGGCAUCAGAGCCAAGAGCUCAUGUUCCGCCAGGACAGAUUCCCACAGGGCAGCAGCCGAAUCCUCCUACUGCAAGAGCGAGUUCACUGUCCAUGAAUCUCCCACCUGCAAAUUCUGCCAGAUGCAGCACCACUGGUUGCAAGUAUACAGCGGUCGCCAACCGAGGUGGUCUUUGUGAAAGGUGCUUUGAAGCUGAGAGGAGUGCUGAAGAAUUGGCAGCAAGUAUGAAUCAUGUGACUUUGGCAUCAGCAAAGCCCUGUGCUAAUCAGAAGAAUGGAUGUGAGUUCUAUGGAUUACCGCAACAUCAUGACUUGUGUUCCAGAUGCUACAGAUCCUUCUGUGUUCGCAUGGAGAGUACUUUGGGAGUGAGCUCACCAACUGGUUUACCACCUCCUAGCCCUACAGCAACACCAGCCAACAUGUGCAAGACCCAGGGCUGCCCUUUUCCAGCUGUCCCUGCACUUUUUGACAUGUGUGUUGAAUGUUAUACUAAAUGCAUUCAUUCAUUCAUCACAUCUGAAGGCAGAUCGGUUGGAACAGCUGCAAAGAUAAGUCCACAUCUUCCACCACCUCCACCACCACCACAGAAAAAGAUGUCAUUGCCUACAGGGGCAGGAAAGAAAGGUGUGUUGUGUGCUUCACCUGGCUGCGUCAAUGAAGGAGUAUUUCAGUAUUGUGAUUUGUGUCCAGAAUGCUAUCAGAGAAAGUCAGGUCCCUCUCUACAGACGAGGACCAAUCCAGUUGUUGUUCCAACCACAUCUGCUGCUUCAGCAGCUAAUGUUUCAGGGACUCAACCUCCUGUGAGUACUUUGUCAUUAUCAGCAACAGUUGCUUCAGUGCGUCACCUCCCAUCAGCAUCACCAAGAGCUGGUGGGCAUUACUGCUCUAACCCUACCUGCCUUAAUGAAAUAGUUGAACAAGGAAAAUUUGUAUGUUCAAGAUGUGAAAGUUGGCUUGCUAGUUUGCCACAUGUUGUUCCCCCUGCAAGUUUACAGCUGCUAAGGAGGCCAGUUGAUGUGGGAGCCACAGGAGGUUCAACAGCCACAAGUACGCCCCAGGCCCAACAGACACCUACUAAUUCUAGUGCUUUUGCAUUUCCUGUACCAACUUCAUCUCAGGAGAUAAGAACCUCCCAUCAGGCUACUGCAGCUACUGGAAUUGUAAACUCAUCCACAUCAGCUCAAGGUAAUAAAUGCAUCAAUGGAUGUCAGAAGCCACCAGUUGAAGACACUGGCCUGUGUGAGCAAUGCUACCUUACUGCUCUUCAGUUUGAACUCAACAGAGAACCCGUACGACAGCCAAAAAGGCAGCAAAGUGUUACACCACCAAUAACUUCUAGCAGUCAGGUAUGACUAUAGAGCAACUCACGAUUUAUUAUAAUAGUCCAGUUUCAAAUUCAUUGUGGCUGCUGAAUAGAAGCACUGAAGAAUCAUUUACUGGUAUCCAGGGUUAGUCUAAACUUAAGGUAAAAUAUAUUCACAAAUUCCAGUCAGAAGAAGACUCGAGUACAACUGUGUCUAUCGUUUGAAUUGCAAAUUCAGGCACCUCCUUGCCAGUGUUUGUGAAUAUUUUACUUUAGGUUGAGGCUAACCCUGUAUAAAUGAGUCUUAACUGCUUCUAUCCAAUGGCGAUGAUGAAUUCGAAACUGGUGUAUUGUCAUGUGUAAUCUCUUACCCAGAGAGCUCUUGUCGUUGGAGCCAAAGGCAAGAUCUGGUCAAAUCUGAUUUGUGCAUGUGAUUGCCUGUCUGGAAAAUGACCAUUGAUGUAAGAACACAUGCUUGAAAUGAAUUUUUAAAAUGGUGGCUGUGUAAAAGGACAAAUUUGAUAGAGCUGUAAAGUUUUCUCUAAGAAAAUGUUGUAAUACACAAAACUGGUAUAUGAACCAAUUUUUUUAUGUUGAUUUUGAUACCAAGAAGGUCUGUUUCUCAUAAAUUUUGAACAACAAGUUAAUUAACUUCAAAUUUAAAUUGAUGGGGCAUUUGUAAUAGCAAUUGGUUUUCAAAAAAAUUUAUGAGCAUUUACUUAAAAGAUAUGUAAAGGAAAAAGAUGUUCCAAGGAAGAGGUACAUACACAGUGGUGGAAAGAGCAACAGUUUUUAGUUGGCCACUGUCGUAUUAGCUGUGCAAUAUUAUGGCAGUCUAACUUGUUUUGCUAUCGUUUUGCAUCUAUUGCAUCUAAAGGUGGAGCAAAGAAAUAUCAAUACCCUAUCCAGCUCUGCUAGAAGUGCUCAACCAACUGCGACAUCAGCGGCGGCUAAAAAGGGGGCCUCAGUGACCUCAAUGCCAUGCACUUCAACCGGAUGUCUACGAUUUGGCACCCCAGAGAAAAAUGGUUAUUGUGAUGAGUGCUUUCUUAAGGUGAGAAGAGUGCAACCAAGUGCCCCAACUUUUAAAGGUAGUCAGCAACACAGUUCAAGAUCCAUGGAGCCGAUUCCCCGGAUGGUUGGUAAUUUUGUACCAUCUUCCUGUCCACUUAAAGACCCUGUGCAGGUGUGCCAGACUCAAAGUCCACCUUAUGGGGCCAGAGUUAGACGCCAUGAUGCAUAUUCAGGAAAUGCUGAAGAUGAUGUCCAUGGUCGGAAAUGCCGUGGAACCAACUGCAAACUAUUUGGCACUCCUGAGACAAAUGGGUACUGUUCUCGGUGCUUCCUGGAGAGCACAAUACCUCAGUCAGGUCCUGCUUCAAUUCCAGGUGAGAAUUACAAAACAAAACACGUAGAACAGUUGGUUUAAUAGUGCAUGGCCUUUUGUGCGGAAAUUUCUGAGGUUUGAUUCCCAGGUGUGAGCUCAAAAUCCUUUGUUAACAACAACAACAAAGCUUUGUUGUAAGAGUUAACGUAAGUAAAUUACACUGACCUGCAGGUAGCAAAUACUAAUCUAGAUGGGACAGUAAAACAAGUGAAGGUUACAUGUAACCUUUUUAGAUAAAUAUUAUUUAUCCCCCUUUUACUAUAUAACAUGAACGCAAAGCUCUACACAGCUUUCCAAGCUGUGAAGAUAUCUGGAAACAAACAAACAAACAAACAUAAAAAGACUGGCAACUAAUAAAAUAUAGCAAAGGCGCUAAUUUGGCAACCUGUACAUAACAAGCUUCUCCAGUCUUUUUAUGGGCUUUCGGAUAUUUUAGAUGCUGGUUUAUGUAUUGCCAAAAGGCGACUUUGGAAAAAGUUAAGCUUGGAGCACUAAUUUAUUAAUUGCUACAUUCUUCACACUGUUGUCCAUUCAUUUCUCACAGAAUUGAUGAGGAGAAGUCAAAAUUAAAUUCAGGUUAAAUUUUUUAACCUGGGUUGAUUCUCUAUUUUCUCUGUAUCCUAAUUAGCUGAUGGCCAGCUAGAAGAUGACAAAUAUAAAAACAAUUUUUUAUUGAUUGACUUUAGCCAUAGUUUUCAACACAUUUUUAUUCACUCAUGUAUUUAUUUAUUUAUUUAUUUAUUUAUAUCAACAUAUUUUUUCUUGCAGACUUCCCAUCAGAAGUGUCUUUUUUGUCCUUACCAUCGGAUCACUCAUUACCAGAGCGAUGCAGAGUAACUGGCUGCGAUAAUUUUGCAGCUUUUGACAGGCAUGGACACUGCGACGAUUGCUUCAAAAGGUUUUAUCCAGAGGUUAUUUAUCGUGAAAAGUUUACUCAAAGACAAAUAUCUGAAAUAUCUGGAGGCAGUAAUUGAAAGUCCUUUGUGUCUUUCUACCAUUCAAAAAGUAAGAGUUUCGACUCUUUGAAGGCAAAGUAUAGAGUUGAACAUUUCAUAUUCUUCGUCUUCGGGCCAAGGAUGAGGGAUUGAAUUUAGUUAUAUGGACACUGUGAAGGUUGAGAAGUGAUUUCUAACAAAGCAGUCAGUCAAAGACAAUAUAUCUCAAUUUGCUGAGAGCAUUAUUCAAAAAUAAAAUUCGAAACUUAACGUAGGAUUUGUAGUCCGAGAAACCUCUACCAAAAAUAUCAGUUAAAAAGUAAGCGAAUUCACGGUAAAUUCUUGACCAAAAGAAAGUGGACCACAGUACCAGCUGAUUUUUAGAUAUGUUAUACAAAAUAUUACCAGUUUGCUUAGUGAGGUAACAUGAAACUCUUUUACAGUGUAUAUCCACACAAUCCAUUAAGCCCUAUGAUUGAUACUGGGAGUUUAAGUUGCCUUAGUGUAGGCAUAGUGUAGUAAAAACCAGAGUAAAAAAAGUCGUUAUUUACCACAGUGGAUGUGAAAAGUGAGGACCACUUCUCACAAAGACCUUGGUGAAUAUAUAGUAAAUAUAUAUACAGAAUCAGUAGUUCAUUAGUCAGGAACAAAUUGUUCCUUUAUUUAUAAGAAACUGGACGAAACAGGGCCUGAUCAUAAUGGUGGGUGGGGGGUGGUAAAUACAAACUUUAAUUUAGGUUUGUACGUGUUACAGCUUACAAAACCCACUCGGCCUUGGAACAAAGCCUUUCCUUCACUCACUCGAUUUUGAUCAAGAGGAAGGCAAAAGAAGGUUCUGCCUGCAGGUUGGCAGACAGUGGGCCAAGUUGUUUGAAAGUUGACUUGAAUUCGUGCAAAUUUAAGGUCACUUACAAUGACUUAAAUUUAACUUUAAUUGUAAUAAUCGCCGUGGAGCAUAAUAUUAUUGCUUGUUUAUUUAGUGAUACAGUUUUGUAUCGUUAGCUAUAGCUGCUUAUUAAGUUAGAUAAAUAUUAUUUUGAAUCGAUAGAAAUUGGCGACGGAUGUUUAGUCAAGGAAGUAAUUGUUACAGUAUUAUCUCCUCAGUUUUUCUAGGAAAGGAAAUGUAUUCAGUAUGUGUAAGAAAUUACAAUGUUAAUUCAGUGACUAAAACUUUCGGCUGUUGUUAUCAUUGUAAAAUCUUAAACCAGCGUAUUAUUUUUUUGUCUCUGAUUAUGGCCAUCAAACCAGGCUCGGUUUGUUCAAAGCUGGGUUAAGAUUAGGCUCGAUUUCCGCCGAGCCUUGGUUAAGAUAACCCAUGGUUAGUGCAAAAUUUGAAUUCAGAUAUAAAACCUUAAAAAGUACAUUCAACUGUUUAAUUCCUUUUAUCCCGGCACAAUUUGAUCAUUAGAUGCUCUAAAAAGAGUAAAAAAAGUUAUACGAGAAAAUGCUUUUGAACAAAGGAAAAAGAAGCCGGGAUUACAAUUUUACCCUGGGUUAGCGCUACUCGGCCUUCGAACAACUAGGCCUUGGUAAUUAGUUAUUUUUGACACCCCUUUAUCCUCUUCCCCAAUUUUAAGGCUAGCUUUACUAUAAUCAAAAAGUUGAAAGACGGUUCGUCGUGACAUGUUAACAUAAGUGCGUGGAAAAGUGGAUGCCUGAACAUGUUUGACUUCAAGCUUUUGAGACUGAAAUAAAAUCUACCUGAGGCUGAAAAUUUAGGGCUUUGAUUUUUACGUAAUGAAAUCAUCGUUCCAAAUCCGUAUGUUUCAGGAAGAAGAGUGAAAUAACUUGAAAUGGGACAGGCCGUGAAAAAGCACUAUAAAAUUUACCAAAAAGAAAAGUGUACGAAAAUUCCAAAACCUUGAUGUCAUGUAGGAAGUAUUUAACUUUAUGGGAACUUCUUUUAAUUUAGCCACAAUAAACUGCAACGACAUCGUCAAGUUAAUAUGAAUACUUUUUUCCCCAUAUUUUGACGAAAGUUGUCACCGUUUUUGUUCCCUUAUAUCCACAAGCGCUGUCGAUUAUCUGUGCGGCUUGGGUUUUCUAUGCUUGUGAAUUUGAAAUCUUUCAGUAUAAAGCAAAGGGUUAAAUUCUCAGUAAUUAUAAUUUUAUUA